AUGGGGAAGAACCAAGCCUACAAAGCUAUGCAGAGGGCCAGGCUGGGGUCGAGCUCCGGAGGGCCCGAAGAUGCCGAUGAAGGAAUGGUUUGUACCCUUCCACACUGUGAAUGAUGUAAACGCUAACUAGCUCCAUGAAUUAUUUUUGCUGCGGUAGCAGAGGGCUUCGUGCGGACGCUGUUUGUGUCUUCCAUGGCUUCGGUCUAAUGCGUGGCCCCUAUUCUUUCAAUCGAACCGUUUCCGAUUUCUCGGAUGAAGAUGGAAAUUUUGAUUAAAUUACUGUUUCAGGGAUAGUGUGUAGAGGUUUGCUGAAAGAUAGUUCAAUAAGACGCUAUGAUUUUUCUUUGCUUUUGGAUCUCAGUGUCUAAGCUUUAUACUUUCCAGUGUCCAAUUUGAGGUUUAUAUAAAUCGGACUAUGAUAAGAUGCUAUCUUCACAGAGUCUAGUUGUGGAUUAGAAAUCAAUGAGUAUCUUGGCUAACCAAAUUUGGGCCAUCUGCUGCCUUAUGCUUUAGUUAUAGGCAGUUGAAUUCCCUAAUAUAGCCUGGGGAGUGGUACCGACCAGCAUCAGGUAGUUUAGGGAGGUGACGUAGUUCUGCAGACAACCAACUUCUGCACCAUAUCUGCUUGUGUCAUUACAGGCUUCUAAAUUUUGAAAGGGAUUUCAUCUUAAUGAUAGAGUAUAUUAAAUAUACUUCAGUGGGAAAUCUUCAGUCUUGGUUCAAAAUACCGUUCAUCAGCAAACUGAAAUACUUUUGAGAUGCAAUAGUUAAACUCCAGGCCUUGUGAUGUGAUGAAAGAAUUUGAUUAGCUUGUGAAAUAUCUUGUAGCUGAUCCAAUUGAAGGACUUAUGGAUGAUUUUUUAAACAUUUUCGCUGAGUUUAUUGAUAAUUUACUCUUAUAGAUACCUGCAUUACACCUUUUUUGACAUACCAACAGUUUGGCGUAAGUAUCAACUUCGGAAAUGAGAAUUAAAGAGAUUUAAAUAGUGAAAAUAUUAUUCAGUGCAAAUGGGGAACCAAUCAACAAUUCUCCUAAAGCCCCUAGUUCUAUAUUUGCAUGAUGGUCAAAUCGAACUAGAGUGGUUAACAGACGAAAUGCUGUGCAAUAGAAAUUAACUCCAUUCUGCGGUCUAAUUGAUGAAUCACUAUGUUGUUCAUAUGAUGGGUUUGAUUCGUGCAUGAUGGGUUUGACUCGUGCCCUAGCCAUGUUGUAAUAUUGUCCCUGUUAUAUAUGAAUAGAAUCUAGUCAAUGUUUUUGAGAUCGGGUUGAACAUAUUUAUCUUAUCAGGGAUAAUGGCUUCUUGUAGCGGAUUAUCAACCUGUCGUUCAUAGAUGAUGAUUUCAUGGCAAAAAAUAAAUAUGCCUGUGAAAGAAUGGUCCUUUUUCGUAUAUGCAACUUGGUUCUUUACAUGUAGGAAAGUUGACUAGCUCUACUUCCAUAACAGGCAUUAUUAUUUUAUUCUCAAGAAGAUUCUGUGUGACAAAAAAGCAUUUAUGUAGCUGAAAAUCCUUGGUUAAAUAUUGAGUAUCCUCCAGCCUCAGAUCUUAGGAGUAUCAUUAUGGCGCUGCUUAAAUUAACUGAACUCUUGUUAUAAAGAACACUUGGAUUGUAGCUGUCCUCCAGAAAGAUGAAAUAUCCAACAGAUCAUUGAGCAUUUUCAUGUUGUGGUCUUGCUGCUGUAGAACUAUUUACAUGUGGACUUCCAUGUCAAGGAAGUUGGCAUUGCAGAAAUAAAUAUUCAACUAAUCCUCUCUGAAGAAUCAAAUGAUUUUCCUACUCUGGUUUCUUAUUUGCGUUUAAUGUUUGUGAAAAUACCACAAAAGCUAUUGACACGGAAACUGGAUAUAUCUUUUGGUCUUUGUCUUUGGAUAUGGGUACCUAUUCUCAACAUCUUUGACCCUGCAUGCUUUUAUAUCUUGAUUUCGUCGGAAAAAAUCCUUUUUUCUGCAAUAGAUAUUUUCUUUUGUUGGAUUUUUACUGAUGAGGGCAGUCGCAGACGGAUGGUUCUUUUCAUUCACCAGAGUGGCAUGCUGCUCGUUUGGCCAGCCUGAGAACUUCUCACACCAUUACAUGGGAAGAAUUCAAACGGAAACAAAGGGUAACUACAUAAUACUUGCAAAAGAAUUAUUUCGUUAAGCUUUCUGUGAUAAUCAUUGAAGUUUAUUUUACUAUUUCUUGUAACCACUUAUGGAGAUAUGUCGGAUUAAAGAAUGGAUUGAAUCUUCCAAAAUGAGUUCAUCUUUCACAUCUCAAGAAAAACUUCACAUGUUCGGCACCACAUUCAGUUGCAAUGUCAAUUUUUGUGUCUCUAAUUACAGGGAAAAUGUGAAAUCAUUUUCUUAGUGUCUUGCAUGAGCUUUUCACUGUCAUUCCGGCCAGUGUUACACAUUGAACGGAAAAUGGCAAAUUUGCUAAUAUUUUCCCACAAAAAAUGUUUCAGAUGCUAUCAUACAUAGCGGUUGAAUCGAUCAAAUUAUCCUUUUUCUUGAAUUUUCCAUUAACUUUGAGCAAAGAUUUUGAGAGUGAGAAUCCAUUCUGAAUAUUUACUUCCGGUAGGAACUUUCUGAUUUCAUGAUCGCUUCUUGGCAUGCCUCAUAUUUGAUGUUAGCAAAGUGUUUUACCUGCACGCAUGUGCAGUUGACUAGUUUUUCAAUAACCUUUGAAAUGGUUAGAUUGAUCGAUGACCAUUACUACGAAGAAUCACGGUUUAUUUUUUCUCCUCUCCCCUUGCGCCCAACAACCGCAAUGCCUUAUUUUUUGUCUUACAAGUGCCGUAACAUGCGAUCAGGCAGAGUUAAAUGAGCAUGGAAGAAGCACGGUUUUUCGAUCAUAUUUAGUUCGCCCAGAGGUCAAGUCAUGGAGUAGCUGGAUGAGUCUUUGCACUUAAUAUUCACGUUAAUAAAUCUGUAUUAGACUUGAUGGGUGAUAAUUAUAUUGCUUCUAAUAACUGCUGAGAAGUUAUCUUCGAAGAAUGCCCAUCUUAUUAUUGGUUUAUAAUAAUUUCCAGGAAGAUGAAGCAAAGAGGGAUGAACUGGAGGCUGAUAAAGAUAGGAUGAUGAAAGAGUACAGGGCUCAGCUGGAUGCGGAAAGAGCAAAGAAGCUUGCCCAUGGAAGAAACCACUCCAGUAACAAGUCUCAUCGGACGAAAGGUGAAAAAAAAAAAAAAAAACCCUAAACCCUAAACUCUAAAAGCUUACAAUUAUGUCUGAAGACUCUGCUUAGAUGAACCCAAAAGCUGAUAUAUGUAUAUAUGUAUAUGAUCGUCAGCAAUGUCUGUAGUUCUGACGGUUCCUGUGGUUGUUUUCUUAUUGUCUCUUCACAGAAAGAAAGGAGAGGGAUCAGAAGAAAAGGAGCAGCAAGAAAAGAAAGGUCUCCCCCCCUCUGUUAAUGAUUUCAUAAGUUGACCUCGCCUGAUUCUCCGGUGCCAGAAGUAUUGACUUCUUCGACCGAUGUUCCUACGCCACUCUUGCAGCGGUCGAAGAGGUCGUCGUCGUCGAGUUCCUCGAGCUCGUCCUCCGAGACCUCGAGCAGCGACGACGAGGAGAGGGACUCGCGGAGGUCCAAGAGCAGACGGAGAGAGAAAAGGCGGAAGUCGAGGGCCAAGCACUCCGGCAGCGACGGCGAAGAUGGCGGCGCCGCCGGCCCCGUCCCUCUCUCUAGAUUUUUUGGUACUGUGAAGAGCUGA